AUGUCCGACCUAGAGUGCGAAACCACAGCCGUGGUCAUUUGCGGCUGUGGCCCAACUGGGGCGAUGUUGUCUGCGUACCUGGGCAAAAUGAACAUCCGCAACAUUGUUUUGGAAAAAGAAACAGAGAUUACAACAGACCCUCGCGGCAUUGCCUUGGAUGAAGAUGGUAUUCGCUUGUUACAGGGAGUUGGCCUGUACCCAUCGGUCUACUCAGAAAUCGGGACUUGCAUGUACACAUUCAAGUUUAUUGGAGGAACUGACCCCGUUUUGGAUAAGCGAGCGUUUAUUGAAAUGAACUACGCAACAACUGAGGGAGGCACAGGACACGUAGGGUUCAUCUGUCAUAAACAGCCUGCUUUGGAAAGAUGCCUACGAAAUGCAAUGGCAGCCUCGAAGGACUGCAACCUGCGAUCUGGGUGUGAAAUAAUUGAUCUCUCAGAAGAUGGGGAAGGGACGCUAUGCCAAUAUCGGGAUGCGCAAGGCAAAGAGCGCCAAAUACGAUCGCAAUUUUUCGUCGGUGCUGAUGGCAAAACCGGCUUCACACGGAAGCAGUAUCUUGAGCCCCGGGGAAUCCGUAUGGAGCAGGCUCACCAGUCAUUUUAUGAAGAGACAUGGGUCGCCCUGAAUUGGGAAAUAAGCCUUCCAGAUGAGAAGACUCACCCCGAUUUUCCGUUGUGGGCACUUGGGUACACGCCUGAACAAGUAUACGAUCUUUUCUUUCCGCACAACUUUCGGUUCCUUUGCAACCCAAACCGGCCAGCUGUCUGUGGACGCUUCGGAUUGCCAUCAGACCGGCUGUGGAGAUUCGAGUUUGUUGUCCAGAAAGAUGAGGAUGGGGAAGAAAUGUCGAAGCCAGAAAUGAUAAAGAAAGUGGUUUUCCCCUACAUAACACACGCUGGGAGCCGAUAUGGCCUGCCCGAGGAGGUUGCUUUCCCGGAGGACUGCAUUAAAGUGCUUCGAUCGCGGCCCUUCAUCUUCUCCGCUCGGAGCUGCAACAGAUGGUCUGAUGGUCGAGUUGUCCUAUGUGGUGAUGCAGCCCACGUCUUCCCUCCAUUUGGAGGUCAAGCAAUUGCAUCUGGCUUCCGUGACGCAAUUUCUCUGGCUUGGCGUCUUGCUCUACUCUGUCGCAUCCAGUCAAAAAAUUCCAGCUCUCACAAGCAGGUUUUGAAGGCGUGGUACGAGGAGCGAAAGCAGCAACUUGAGAAGUCACUGGCAUCAACUAUUGAAAACGGACAAUUUGUGACGGAAAAAAAUACCUUGAAGAUAUUCAUACGAAAUGCAUACCUCUGGUUCAUACAGUUGAUACCAUCCUGGCGGCAUGAAGUGUCUCUGGGGCGACGCAAAGAAGGGCUCGUGCGUUAUGAGCAUUCCAGUGGGAUGCCAUUCCUUCCCGAAUAUAAUGGGGGAUUGUGCCUUCCUCAGGUCUACUGCAAGUCCCUGGCAAGUGAUCAGUCAGAGGUUUGCUUCACCGAUGAUGUUUUAUUCGGACCAGAAAAGAAGGGCUUGUUUCAGCUUUUGGUCUAUGUCAAGACAAUCGAAGAAGUCUCUUCAGCCCAGGAAAUUGUGGCAGAUAUUGAUGACAUGUCCCGUGGUGAGGUUCGUGCUAAUGAAGCCAUCUUUAUCGUUGAGGAUACGACCUGUGAUCCGUGCAAAAUUGGCCAGAACCUCUAUCGCCUUGCUUCUGCAGAGGAAUUUGCCCAGUCUCGGUUGUGUGCCAAGAGGCCCAAGCCGGAAUUCUACGACCCUUUCUACCUUGGAAAGGCAUUGAGACGGGUGCGGUUCGUCAUUGUCCGGCCGGAUAGAUUUAUAUUUGCAGCGUGUAAUAGCAGAGGAGACUUGAGAGACAUAGCAAGAGCUGUAGUAUCAUACCUCCAAGGAUGA